UGACGUAGGGUGCAGAGGGCGUGGUCGGCCUGUGAAAUGUCAGGGAGGAAUGGCGCUCGGCGCGGUAUUUUGAACAAUCGCUUUCCUUUUCUCGCUUUAUCUGGGAACGCUGCUCAGCGUUAAAAUCUUGGGUUUAACGGACCGCUGAGACAUUGCAAGCAUGGAUGUGGUGUCACCAGAGCUGAACAGCCUCCUUCCUGAUGAAAUUAUGGAUACUGAGGCCAUCGAGGAGGUUCCUCACCCCCAGUUUGAUGGCACCACAGUCCAGUCGGAGUCCAGCCUUGACACAUCGGUCCCGAUGGAAACCGACACACCUAUUAUAUCAGAGAACUUAAACAUCUGUUCAGAUGCUGCUUCCACGGAGCAUACUCAGACUCUGACCACGUCCAGAGCUGCGGACUCCACGCUUAUCCCAGCAAGUCAACCUUUCAUCUCGAUUUCCACAGCAUCAUCACCUCUUCUUACCCUCAAACCAGCCCAGGCUACUUCCACAGCCUCAACCAAAACUACAGACAGUGUGACUGGGACUAGUGUGUCUACAAGUGGCUUACAGAAGCUCACGGCUCCGUUUACCAUCUCUGCCGCCAAUCACCAGAUCAUUCUCAACAAGGUGGCCUCGUCUCAAGCCUCAGAAGCAGCCAAGUCUGCAGGUGCUCCACCCCAGGUCAUCAAGCAGGAAGGACAAAAACUUUUGGUUACAGCAAUAGGAAAGUCGGGGCAGCCUAUCGUGCUUCAGCUGCCCCACACCGGCAGCAAGCCCGGGAAUUCACAGACUUCAGGAGACGCCAAGUCUCAGACGCCGCAGUUUAAAGUGGUGACUAUUGGUGGGAGGUCAGAGCUGAAGCCGGUGGUGGGGAGUGCUGGCAACCAGGUGACAACGUUACAGGCCCAGCAGCUGAAGACUGUACAGAUUCCCAAGAAAACACCAGCAUCCUCAGCAGCACCAAUCAAGUUCAUCAUCACAAAAACUGUAAACAGCAAAGGCCUGUCUCCUCAGACGUCAGUCACGCCUGUGAUCGCAGGACGGGUCCUGACCCAGACCUCGCCUGUCAUGCCUACGAGGACCAUCACUCUCUCUGAGCCCCACAACAGCAGCAUACAAACCAUCCCCGGCAAAAAGAUCGCCAUCUCGCCUCUAAAGACUCCCAGCAAGGUGACUGUGGUGUCUGUGGCCUCCCCGCCCGCUAACGCCUCCCAGAAGUCCGUAGCACUUCCUGUCAAUGUAGCACUUGGCCAGCAGAUCCUUGCGGUCCAGCAGUCCACGUCUGCGUCUCCAGUCAAGGUGGCCACCGGCCAAACGGCAGCACAGAGUAUUAAACCGGUACAGCCUGUGGCUGUGGGAGGAGUUGGUGGCUCCCAGUUUAAGACCAUCAUCCCACUGGCCACCCAGCCGAAUGUGCAGCAGAUCCAGGUGCCAGGAAGCAGGUUCCACUAUGUUCGCCUGGUCACAGCAACCACAGCCAGCAGCUCAGGGCAGCCCAGUGGUCCCAGUACCAGCUCCGUACAGACAGGUAAACCUAUGGUGGUGAGUACCGGAGCCGUCAGGAUGUCUGUUCCAGUCGUCCCAGCACAGACCAUGAAACAGGUGGCGCCGAAGCCUUUAACAUCAGCAGCACAAGUGGUCACCACCACGCAGACCCAGCAGCGGCUGAUCAUGCCUGCAACGCCGCUCCCCCAGAUCCAGCCCAACUUCACCAGCCUCCCCCCGGGCACCGUCCUGGCCCCAGGCCCUGGAGGCGGGAACCUGGGCUACGCAGUCGUUCCUGCACAGUACGUCACGCAGCUGCAGCAGACGCCGUUUGUGACGCUUGCCAGCAGCUCCGGGUUCCCUGCAGCCGGCGGUAUCCAGACUCAGGCCAAACUGCCUCUAAAUGGUGUUGCAGCAGCAGAAUCGACCUCAAGACCAAGGAAACCCUGCAACUGCACCAAGUCCCAGUGUCUCAAGCUAUACUGCGACUGCUUUGCAAACGGAGAGUUCUGCAACAACUGCAACUGCAACAACUGCUUCAACAACCUGGAGCAUGAAACCGAGCGUCUCAAAGCCAUCAAGACGUGUCUGGACAGAAAUCCAGAAGCUUUCAAACCUAAAAUUGGUAAAGGAAAAGAGGGGGAAUCGGACCGCCGGCACAGCAAAGGCUGCAACUGCAAGCGAUCGGGCUGCCUGAAGAACUACUGCGAGUGUUACGAGGCGAAGAUCAUGUGUUCGUCCAUCUGUAAGUGCGUCGGCUGCAAAAACUUUGAGGAGAGUCCGGAGAGGAAGACGCUGAUGCACCUGGCCGACGCUGCAGAAGUCAGGGUGCAGCAGCAGACCGCCGCCAAGACCAAGCUGUCCUCUCAGAUAUCAGACCUGCUCAUGCGGACCACACCUGUCAUUUCCAGUGGAGGCGGCAGGCUGCCGUACACGUUUGUAACGAAGGAGGUGUUUGAAGCCACGUGCGAGUGUUUGCUGGAACAGGCCAAAAAGGCCGAACAGACUCACCAGCCUCAGACCGAAGCGGAGAGGAUGAUCCUGGAGGAGUUCGGACACUGCCUCAUGAGUAUCAUCAGCUCAGCGGGGAAAGCUAAAGCAGACUGUGCUUCCAUCAACUGCUAGGAAGAGCUCAGCUUCCCACGGCUAACCCUCCCAGCUGCGGGGGCUCACUUUGCACUCUGUCCCGGACCCCGGGGCUCUGUCCUGCAGGGCAGACGGGUCGCCUCCUGAACACUGAGCUGGAGGCGGGCGGAUCCUCCGGCCUCGGCUGGAGUCACAGACAAGGAGCAGUGGUUUGGACUGGUUACCUGCUCCAAAUGAAGGACAGGUGGACUCGGAGCACGCUGCCUUCAGACUGGCUGAAUAGGAAGUUAAAACCUGGUCAGCCUUUUCCUUCUGUUUGUUCCUGUUUUCUCUCCAUCGUCUGCUGUCCUUUGUCUCUGAGGAUGUGAUUUCUGUUGUUGGUAUAUUUGUGCUUACAGUAGACAAACUCGUAUCUUUUCAUAUUUAUUUUGACAAAUACUUGUAAUAUUUCUGAUGUUGUGAGGCUUAUAGUGCUGCAAGAUGUAAUUAUUAACCCAGGCUAGGCUAAUUGUUCCAUGAAAGUUAAGUAGUUUUCUAUCAAAUCCAAUGAGGAGCGCACACAUAAAGCAGUGCUCAGAUUAGACUGAUGGAGGCGCCCCCGCCUCCUGGUGCUCUUUUCUCUUUAUUAUUACACACAGGCCGCUCAUUUAAACGACGUGGAUUAGAAGGAAUUACCGGAUCCAUCCCAGCUGAUGCCGAUAAUAAAAACAAAGCCACUCUUCUGCAGGAAACGUCUCAGAUUUUUAUCUAAAGUUAACAUGAAUGUGAACAAACCUGAAAUGAAACCAGCAGCUGUUUGUUUCCUGGUUCUGCAGAAAUGUCCAGAAUUCAUCUUUUAGCCACCAGCAGUUCCCACGCUGGCAGGAAUAUUAUCUACUCCACCCCAUGAAGGUCUGCACGCUGUGUGUCAUCCCCGCCCAGCAUCCCGGACAGGGCCCACGGGUGUAGGAGGGGAACUGGUACUGGUGUGAUGGUUCUGAUCAGCUGACAUUUACUCAUUACCGAAGCUGAUUGUCUGAACAGGGAUGAGUGAAAAUAUAAAAAUAUACGCGACCAAGUGGCUGCACCUGUUUAUCUUGCAGAUGAAUCAUUAAAAGAUUGAAUUAAUCCCAUUUUAUGAUCUGACCUGGUAAAUAAAGUAGCAGCACUUUAAAUUUGGCCGA